AUGAGGAGAACCCUGCUGUUCAUGAUCUUCCUCCUCCUCCUCCUCCUCCUCUCCCUGGUGUGCCCCAUACAUUCAGAAAUCUCCAACUGCGUCAUUAAACGAGAGGAAGAGCGAUGCAUGGAGAGGAUUGCACUGCAUGACCCCACGGAAGACAUGGAGUAUGGCUGUCCGUGGAUGUGGGAUAAUCUGACGUGUUGGCAGGCAGCGAGAGUGGGAGACGUGGUGGAGGUCAAAUGUCCAGAGCUCUUUGAGUUCAUGAGUCCAGAUGAAGGUCUGGGGAGGAUCAGUAGGAACUGUACAGAGUACGGCUGGUCUGAACCUUUCCCUCAUUAUGUUGAUGCCUGUCUGUCUGACAACAAUUCAACCAAACCGGAUCCCUAUUAUGCAUCGGUGAAGGCACUGUACACAGUGGGUUACAGCACAUCUCUGGUGUCUCUCACCACGGCCAUGGUGAUCCUUUGCAGGUUCAGGAAACUUCACUGCACGCGAAACUUCAUCCACAUGAACCUCUUUGUGUCGUUCAUUUUGAGAGCCAUCUCCGUGUUUAUCAAAGACGGGGUCCUGUAUGCUGAGGAAGACAGCGAUCACUGCUUUGUGCACACUGUGACAUGUAAAGCAGUGAUGGUUUUCUUCCAUUACUGCGUAAUGUCAAACUACUUCUGGCUCUUCAUUGAGGGACUGUACCUUUUUACCCUGCUAGUGGAAACCUUCUUCCCAGAACGAAGAUACUUCUACUGGUAUACCAUCAUAGGCUGGGGAACUCCCACCAUUUGUGUGACGAUAUGGGCAGUCCUGCGUCUCCACUUUGAUGACUCUGGAUGCUGGGAUAUGAAUGACAACACUGCCCUCUGGUGGGUAAUCAAAGGUCCUGUGGUGGCUUCUAUUAUGAUAAACUUUGUGCUUUUCAUUGGAAUCAUCGUCAUACUGGUCCAAAAACUGCAGUCUCCAGACAUAGGAGGGAAUGAGUCCAGCAUAUACCUCAGCUGUGCACAGAAAUGCUUCAGUGAGCCAACACAGGCUGUCCAGCAUUCAUGCAGGAUGUCAGAACUUUCUACCAUCACUCUGAGGUUGGCCCGUUCUACUCUCUUGCUCAUUCCGCUGUUUGGGAUCCAUUACACGGUGUUUGCUUUCUCACCUGAAGAUGUCAGUAAGAGAGAGAGACUGGUGUUUGAACUGGGCCUCGGAUCUUUCCAGGGGUUUGUGGUGGCUGUACUCUACUGCUUCCUGAAUGGCGAGUUUCUCCCUAAAGGUGCAGUCGGAGAUAAAGAGGAAAUGGAGGAGCUGGACGGUGAACCGGUACUUUGCUGUGGAUCUGAAGCAGCAGCGUCACCCUUCGCUAGCCAGCAGUGGGGUGAACGGGGGGACGCAGCUCUCGAUCCUGAGCAAAAGCAGCUCUCAGAUCCGUAUGUCCAGCCCUCAGGUGGAGAGUGUCAACCUCAACCUGCCCACAUGAGCGCCUGA